CCUUUGGGACGCUGUCCAUGUGUUCAAUCCCGAAAUGCCAGGUUUCCCGUGGUUUUGUUUCCUGUGGUUUUGUCGGCUGACCAGCUGUGUGUGGUCUUUGAAUUGGCCGUGGUCGGCCUGAAAUUUCCCCCGUUCUGUUGUCUUCUUGGUCAUCGUCCCAGGCCCCGAACUGUUCGAUGCAAAUCUGGCGCCUUCGCCUGUCUGCAGGUGGCCCGUGUAAACACGCCGACGCGCCGGCUUAAAGCAAGUCGCCUUGCAUCAGAACCUUCCCUUUUCACCCCUUCCCAAAGAUCUCGGCAUCGGAGUCAGACUACCUAGACUAGAGACAACACAGCAACAUGUCGGCUCAGGCGCCUGAAUAUGACGCGACCAACGCGGCCGCGGCCGCGAAGGAGUCGGGCCACACCACUGACACGGCCAGCAACGGCGAGCACUCGGACAGCCUCCCAGAGAAGAGAGAUGUCGGCGCCGGCGGCGGCGCCGGCGAGGCCGCGGCCGAGCCCGAGUACGUCAAGGGCUUCCAGCUGGUCAUGAUCAUGGCCACCAUCUUCCUCAGCACUCUUCUCGCCGCAUUGGACAUUGGCAUCGUCGCAACCGCCAUCCCCGGCAUCACGGACGAGUUCCGCCGGCUCGACGACGUGGGAUGGUACGGCAGCGCCUGCUUCCUCCUCGUCGGCACGUCGGCGCCCAUGUGGGGCAAGCUGUACAAGUACUUCUCGGGCAAGCUGGUCUACCUGGCAUCGGUGGCCCUGUUCCUGAUCGGGAGCAUCCUGGCGGCGGCGGCGCCUAACAGCGCGUCCCUGAUCGUCGGCCGCGCGCUCCAGGGCUGGGGCUGCUCGGGCACGCUGGGCGGCUCCGUGCUCAUGAUCACGUACGUGGCCGAGCCCCGCAAGCGGCCCAUGCUGAUCGGCCUGUGGAUGGGAGUCUUCAUGAUGUCCACCAUCGUCGGCCCGCUGAUCGGCGGCGCCUUCACGAGCAACGCCACGUGGCGCUGGUGCUUCUGGAUCAACCUGCCCGUCGGCGGCCCCAUCGUCGCAAUGCUGUUGAUCUUCUUCAGGAUUCCCAAGCACAUCCAGCCCAUGCCGGCCACGUGGAAGGAGAUUCUGCUGCAGCUCGACCUGCCCGGCUUCAGCUUGCUGCUCACCUCGCUCGUGAGCUUCACCCUGGCCCUGCAGUGGGGCGGCCAGACCAAGCCGUGGAGUGACGGCAGCGUCGUCGCCACGCUGGUCAUGUGGGUCGUCCUGACCAUCGGCUUCUGGGCCACCGAGUGGCUCCAGGGCGAGUACGCCAUGGUGCCGCUGUCGCUGCUCAAGUCGCGCCUGAUUUGGACCAACGCGCUGUACGGCUGGAUCAUCAAUCUGGGCAACUUCCAGGUUCUCUUCUACCUGCCCAUCUACUUCCAGUCCAUCCACGGACAGUCGGCCAUCGACAGCGGCGUCAACAACCUGCCGUUCAUGGCCUUCUUUGCCCUCGGCGCCAUGUUCAGCGGCUUCCUCAUCGGCAAGACCCGCCUGCUCCAGCCGUUCGAGCUCGCCAGCGGGCUGGUCGCCACGGCCGGCGCGGCCCUGAUCUACACGCUGGAGAUCGACUCGUCCAAGGCCCGGUACAUUGGCCCGCAGGUCCUGUUCGGGUUCGGGAUCGGCCUCGGCAACCAGGUGCCCAUGACGACGGCGCAGAUCUUCGCCAAGCCCGAGAACGUGGCGUCCAUCACGGGCAUCAUGCUCAUGUGCAACUCCAUCAGCGGCGCCUACUUUGUCACGGCAGCGCAGUCCCUUUUUGCAAACCGCCUGCUGCAGACCCUUGCCGCCGAGGCGCCAAACCUCAACUCGGGCAUGGUCCUCGCCACGGGUGCGUCCGAGCUCCAGCACGUCUUCCGGGGCGCCGACCUUGCCGCUGUGCUCGACGCCUACAUGGUCGGCAUCAAGGACGUGUUUGCCUUUUCCCUGGCCGGCGCUGCACUGACCGUUCUCAUCUCGCUUAUCAUCCCCUUCAAACGGAUGCCCAAACAGGACGGCAACACGGCGGAGGAGAAGGUGAUCCCCGUCGCGGUUUAGGCCGGCAUCCCGAGCUGCCGAGCUGCCGAGCGGCCGAGCUGCCGAGCGGCCGAGGCUGGUACUUGUGGUAGUGCAGAGGAAAAAUAGACUGGCUGUCAGCAACGCUCCCAGGGGCCAGGCUGGGGUGGCGUUACGGGAAGAAAUGAACUUGGCGAGCGACACUAGCAUAGACCAAUACCUUAUACAUGUACAUGUACAUCAAGCGGCAGCGCGAACGUCGUGCAUCAGAUACCUUGGCUGCACGUAUGGAUAAUACCACUGUAAUACCGU